AUGUCAGCACCGCCGAAACCGGCACCACGGCCACAGCCAGCUGCUCGCCCAGGGUCCACAUCACCAGCCAACCAAGUCAAACAACCUCCACCCCCAGUCAAAUUUGCCAAAGACAAACGAGAGGGCGAAACACAACCGUUGCCUAGUACACCACCUCCGACUUCCCCUACUUUGAAG